GAGAGGCGGGUUAGGCGCUCAGCAACCGGUGGCGACCGAGCGACAGAGUACACACGACCAGCUGUAUACCAGCCGUGUCAACCAACUGUUGAAGUAGCCAGCUGUCUACUCUUCCUCCGGGCCAGAGUCCUAGACAAGCCUCUAUUGGUGCUGUGUGGCGGAGGUGAGGCAGUCUCCGUGAGACGCUCCACAGUCUAAGGACGCUGUGGUAGACGCUGCUGUGGCACUUUUGUUGUAGUGUUGUGCGUGGACACCAGCCAUGGGUCGCUCCUACACCACCCUCGGCCAGGGCUCGGCCCUGCUCCUCCUGGUCCUUUUGGCGGCUUCGGCCUCGGCCUAUGAUAUCACCCUUCGCCCAGGACUCCGGCACUACACCAAGAGAUCAGGUGAGGGUGGCGCUCGACUAAAGGGACCAUAUCUCCUCUACUUAUUGUCCUCCCCGUCCAACAUGCAUGCAGCCUAUGGUUACGGCUACACGCAGCAAGACUACAAUCCCAACAGCCGAGUUGAGCGAGACUGCAUGGCCUACGAACCCUUCAGGUGUCCUGGAGGUGAGGUGUGCAUCUCCAUCCAGUACCUGUGUGACGGCGCCCCCGACUGUCCUGAUGGCUACGACGAGAACCCACGACUCUGUACUGCAGCCAAGCGUCCACCAGUAGAGGAGACAGCAUCCUUCCUGCAGUCACUCCUAGCCUCACACGGCCCCAACUACCUGGAAAAGCUGUUCGGUACCAAGGCUCGUAAUGCUCUCAAGCCCCUGGGAGGCGUUGAGGCAGUAGCUGUCGCCCUCUCAGAGUCGCAAACCAUUGAUGACUUUGGUGACACUCUUCACCUGCUGCGAUCCGACGUGGAGCACCUUCGUUCUGUCUUCAUGGCAGUGGAGAACGGAGACAUCGGCAUGCUGAAGUCCCUCGGCAUCAAGGACUCUGAACUCGGAGACGUCAAGUUCUUCUUGGAGAAGCUGGUCAACACCGGCUUCCUCGACUAAGAAGUCAAAGCCACAAGUCUAGGACAGGAGGAGAAGGAGCAGGAAGUAAAGAGAAUGGCAAAGAGGUAUUCCAGAAGGCAUAAUGAAGCCAAUUUUGAAAGUCCGUGACAGAGACUGAAGAAGAGAUAAACAAAAAGAGUAAGAAAUGGCAAAGCUCAAGAAUUUAUACAAGGAUGAAGGAUGUAAAUUUAUAAAGGAAUAAAAGUUGGUAUGGUACUGUAGUGGACACAGUAGUAACCAGAGAAGAUAAGGCGACAGGCAUGAUACAAGACACAUGAGGUCUGAUAUUGGGAAGCUGGCAGAGAAUAAGCAUAUUUUUCCAAUAAUCUCCUAAUCACCAAGAAAACUAUUCUAAUACAAGUAUUAUAUUAGGGGUGACGUAAUACUCUUGUGAUGACUAGUACUGUAGCUCACCAAUACAAGUUAUGGUCACCUGUAGUUGGCAUUUUGUGAGAGUUAGUAGUGUUAUGUUAUUGUUUGGAUUCUAUAUCAUAGAUAACAGCCACGAAUAGACUUAAUUAUCCUUAAGUUAGUGUAUAGCACGUUUACCUAUCUAAUCACCUAAUUAUUAUAUAUAUUUUUGUGAAUAUGUAAUAAGCUUAUUUUUUUUGUCAGCAUCCACUAAAUUUAAGUGUAGAAAUUUCUCAAAAUAUUUUCUGUGAUAAUGUUUAUUUGAGAGACCAGCGACCACUGUUUUGUGUACAGAGAGAAGGACUGACUGACUCUCAGCUGUGAAGGUUUCAGAAAAAUCUGAGCCCAAAAUUUCUUUUUAACUUUGGCCUUCUUGCUGUGGAGAUAUUUUUGCAACUCUGAUAAUAUAUUUUCAAAAUUUAAUUGUCAAAAUUUUAUACUUUUAGAAAUUUUUUGUUAUUAGAUGUUGAACAACUGCAUUCUCUUUGAAAUUUGGAGCUUGUGAAUUGACUCAAGAGUAACUAUUGUGUGUCAAGAUUUAAAAUUCUAGAUUAGCUGAAUUGUUGAGUAUUGUGAAAGGUGAUCCUCAGCUUUGAGCUUCUCUUAAGGAGGAUCUUUGUUUAACUGUAUAUGUACCUUGGAAGUUGAUUGCAUCUUUUACCAAUAUUCCUCAGAACUUGAUCAGUACAUUAGCUAACAUUCCAUAGUAGUUGGUCGAGUCAUCGCCAACAUUCUUCAGGUGUUGGUCGAGUCAUCGCCAACAUUCUUCAGGUGUUGGUAGAGUCAUCGCCAACAUUCUUCAGGUGUUGGUCGAGUCAUCGCCAACAUUCUUCAGAUGUUAGUUUAGUUCAUCAAUCUUCCUUGGAGUUUGGGCGAACAUUUUUGAGUGUUAUGGUAGGCACGAGAGUUUAUCUGCUUCACCCUGAUGUUCACCUUCAUCAUUGUGUUUAGUCGUGUUUCGUCCAGUGUUUGAGGUUGUCUGGCUAGGUGUUGUUGGGGAAUUGGAAUAUUUACAUGUUUACAAUGUGGAUAGAAAUAGUAAUGUUGUUAUUUUAGAUCAGCUGUUAUACCUACUAAUGUUUACAAUAUAACAGUUAUCAAUGUCUGUAAGAUUUACCAUAAUAUUUGUAAGAACUAAUGGGAAGAUUAAGAACAUUACAUCAAAUAUCAGAUUUUAAAGGUUCAUAGUAAGAUAUUUUAAUUUGAAUGCUUUAUUCUAAAUAUUAUCAACAUCAGUUAGUAGUUUAAGGUGCUACAGUAAAAACAAAUAUAAUUUGUUAAUUUUGUGUAUUGAAAUACGUACAGUAUUAGUGUGAGUAAAGAUGAACCAGGACAAUCACUCAUAUUACUGCAGGUGUGGACUGUUAUGUACCUGCAUGACAUUAUUUUAGAGUUAAACUAAAGGGUGUUAGGUGCCACUGGUAACAACCCGUUACUUGCUCACUAACAGCUCGUGAGAGACCACCUCCAAUCACACCUCUUGUAUACAUGCAGACUACAAACUGCACAGUGCACAAACUUGUUUUUUGUCAUUUAUUUAAGAGUUAUUAUUCUGUAAAGCAAAUCCUCAAGUAUUUCUAACAUAUGUGAGUCAAUGAACAUGAAACUUCUAAAAUCUAUUAAUAAUGAAGACCAUCACCAAGACCACCCUGUGAGUCAACCUCAAAAUACACUAUCUUGCAAAAGUAAAACCUCUCCUGUUGGUUCCUUGUGACACGCUGAUCUACCUGACAACCUCUCUCAUUAAUAUGUGAUAUGUUCUGUCUUCUCUGCAUGCAUGAUGCUGUGCUUAAAUAAAUGUACAGAUGCACAAAUAUGAUGUUUUCUGGGCGUGUUAUGUUAGUGUAGAGGGCAAUAAUUACGAUAUUGUUUAUUUUCUCUCUCCGAGCAUGCCCUGACCACACCCACCAUGCCCUGACCACACCCACCAUGCCCUGUCCACACCCAUCAUGCCCUGACCACACCCACCAUGUCUGCGGCACCCACCUCUCAACAGCCCUCGGCAGGUACCUUCUGGCUGGCUGGGUCCAGGCCUCGUGGGCCACCACCACAUACUUGAAUAUUUGACACAUUUUCAAAUAUCUUCUAUAGCUUACUCAGAUUUGGUUGUAUAAAAAGGACAUAAUUUUAAUAUAAGAAGUUUAAUCAAGGUACUGUACUAAGUUAGUGCAAAGAGCAUGUCAACAGCACUAGUGUUGGUGAGUGUAAAGGUGAUGGGGUGGACCCAGCUGGCAGGGCUGGGUAACCCCCGGAGGCUGCCAACAUUACCACGAACUUUACUCUGGGGCUGCCAAGUUGUUGCCUGUGUUUGUGUCUGACGACGUCUGACUGUAGUGGAGUGUUGUAACUGAGUGUUGAGAUAAUAAAGCAACAGAUGACUGUGUCUGAGCGUUCUUAAUGUCGUGAAUAAUUCUGUCUGGGUUAUAACAUGGUGGAUGAUGUUAAGAAUUUGUCUUUACUGUACUGUACUUCUAAAACUCUUGUUGUACACUACCACAGGGACUAAUGUUGUUAUCUAACACCUGGAUUAAUUUGAGAUGAGGAAAUGUUCCCCAAGAGUAAGACUAUUUAAUAAAAGUAUAAUUUAAA